AUGAUGAACAGCAAUCAAGCAACCAAGCACGAGCACGAGGGUUUGGCUUCGGUCCCUACUGAUCCUCAAGAUGUCGAAGUCCAUGUCAUUGACGCCCCUAUAUCUCACGAUGCUGUCUUUGGUGACAUCACAGGAGAUGGUCCCAACUAUCGCAAUGUUGGAUGGCUAGGAACAUCUGCUUUGAUGAUGAAGACCCAGAUUGGCCUAGGCAUUUUAUCCAUACCAUCGGCCUUCCACACCCUCGGAAUCAUUCCUGGCGUCAUUUGCCUUCUCCUCAUUGGAGGCAUCACAACAUGGUCCAACUAUGUGAUUGGUACUUUUAAACUGAACCAUCGUGAGGUUUACGAUAUUGGCGAUGCAGGUGGUAUCUUGUUUGGGCGAAUUGGGCGAGAGUUUCUCGGUAUUAGUUUCGCCUUGUUUACCAUCUUCGCAAUUGCGUCUGGUAUUCUUGGUAUUUCCAUUAGCUUCAAUGCUUUGUCAGACCAUGGAACUUGCACUGCUACCUUUGUUGCGAUAGCAGCUAUCAUCGUCUUCUUGUGUGCCAGUAUUCGUACACUGGGUCGAAUGAGUUGGUUGGCUUGGGCUGGACUCAUUCCUCUUCUGAUUGCUGUCUACCUCGUUACCAUCGCUGUCAGCGUCCAAGGCCGACCCUCUGCUGCACCCAAGAUCGACACGGACGAGAAGUGGAUGUCAGACUGGAAACUUGUCGGUAAACCAACCUUCAUCGAUGCCAUGGCUGCGCUUUCGACCAUUGUCUUUGCGUAUGCCGGCACGCCCCUUUUCUUCCCAAUCGCAGCCGAAAUGCGCGAGCCUCGCCACUACACGAAGGCGAUGCUCCUCUGCCAGGCUGUCGCAACUGCUACAUACCUGUCUGUCGGAAUUAUAAUCUACUACUUCUGUGGCUCUUAUGUUGCGACGCCUGCUCUGGGCUCGGCUGGUAAGACUAUCAAGAAAGCUGCUUAUGGUCUUGCUCUACCAGGGCUUAUCGUUGGUGCGACUAUCAACACUCAUGUGACUGGAAAGUAUGCAUUCGUUCGAAUCCUUCGAGGCUCAGAGCAUCUCACAGCAAACACCUUUACCCAUUGGGCCACAUGGCUGAGCAUGAUUUUCGGCACUGCUUUGUUCGCAUACAUCAUAGCAAGUGCCAUCCCGGUCUUUGGAAGUCUUGUUUCCCUUGUUGGAGCUCUGCUUGGUACUCUUCAGGCAUUCCAACCGUAUGGUUGCUUCUGGCUGUACGACAAUUGGCGCAAGGGCAAGCAGGAAAAGUCUCUACGAUGGAUUCUCAUGGUUGCGUGGAGUGUAUUUGUCAUUGUUUCAGGAACAUUCUUGAUGAUUGCUGGAACAUAUGGUUCUGUCAUUGGAGUUAUCGAGUCUGGUAAGAAAGGAGGUGGUCGUUCUUGGUCUUGUGCAGACAACUCCAACUCUGUAGGAACUUAG